UGCAUUAUCUUCAUAUGAAUUGUCUUCUCGAUCUGAAGAACUCUUCAAGAUUUUUCCGACAGAGCUCCAGGCAUUAAGAAUUAUAUCAAUAAUUUAUUUAAGUUGCUAAUUCUCUUUUCUUCUAGCAGUUCUCUUGGUAUCGUCCAACUUUUACCACUGACGCUGGAGGAAAACGUCUACGACUAGGAAAAUAUCCGACUGGCUCGUUAUAUUAUCGCAAUAAUAAUUACAAAGCGAAGUACAUAACUCUCAGGCAAAACAACACCCAAGACGCAGAAGAAAAUUAUUCUGCGGCAGAGGAUUCUGCCGAGAGUCCUUUCACAGAUACAGAACAAGAAUAUAAAGAAACUAAAGCAUGGCUACGACAUCACUACGAGAAUUGGGAAGAGGUGAAACGAAAAUGGCAGGAUUCAUCCAGGUAUCGAUUGAACGAAAUACGACGUCGAAAUUUUUCCGUUGAAGACCUUCUACAAGAGUAUCCAGUGCUUCGUAAUUUUAAAAGCUAUGUUUUAAUUGAAGCGGAUUUUCAAUUCAAAUAUGCAGAUGCAAUAGAUAUUCUUUUUACGAAAUGGGACGCAUUCCGUAACAGAAUUUAUGACAUCUUUGAAGCGGAUAUUGCGGAUACCUCAGGACGAGUUUUAUUGAAUUACCUUAUCGAGGACAUAUCACCAAACGGGAAAAAAUUAACCGAGGGUAAUUUUUUUUAUUUUUUGUUUUCAUGAAAUUACAUACUUUUUUUAGAUUGUCGUGAUUGUAUUACCUUAAUGCUCACGGUUUAUUUACUCCCUACAAACUCUAUAGUUGUACAGUCUGGUACUAAAAGAUGGAAGCCAUCGUUUGCUGAGUCAAAAGAAGCUUUUGUAGUACAUGUAACAGAUUUGUCUGAAAUCGAUACGAAAGUUGGACGAUACAUCAACAGGUGUAAAGAUAAAGUUUUACAGCAGCAACCACUCUUAAUCGUUGUGGGACCGGAAAUUACUCAACUUAUGGAAUAUUUAGUAUAUUUUGAAAAUUCGUUCUAUCGCUUCAAUACCUUUCUUAAAGCGUUGGAUGUAUGCUUCAAGUUUUUUAAAGUUUACAAUCUACAAUUUCCACCGGAGGCUUCAGGACCAUGGAACUUGAUAGCCCAUUCGAUAUAUUCUUUUAAAGUAGAUGAAAGUAACGUUCAUUACUCAAAAAUAUCUCGCAUUCAAACCUACCUGGAGUCAAAAUGAUAUCGUGUAUAGUUGAGAAGUGCGUAUGGAUAGGUAUGUCACCGAAUUUACUGUAUGGACAUCUCAAACGAAUGCAUAUGCAAUUAGAUUCUUUCAAGUGUAAUGUAGGAACAUGUGAUAGAACCUACUCUGUGCUUGCCACAUUUCGUUUGCACCACAGAAAACAUUUUCUACAGUAUCAAACAUUAUAUGCGAACAGAGAACAAACGAGUUCACAAAAGAAGAAUAAUAAACAAACUAUUCAAUCGAAGAUGGAAAUAAAUGACAAACAAGUUAGUAUAGAAGAGUCUGGAUUGAUACACAGUCCUACAACAAAUAUUUCAACUACGCUAGAUAUUGAUUACUUCGCAAAAAAAAUUAAAUCACCCAACUUCACAUUUGCACUUAAAUGGCUAAGCAAAGAAAAUCUACCACGUAAAAUGAUCAUAGAAAUACAAAAAGAUGUACAAAAGUAUUAUAUUGAACCGAUGAUUGAAGUAUUUAAAGAAGUAUCCGCAGGUGGACAAGAAAAUGAUUUAACAGAGCGAGUUUUAAAUGAGCUCAAUUCAACAUGCAACUAUGAAUCUGAAUACAUGCUUAUUCAACAAUUGAAACAAAAAGAUUUGUUCUGCGACCCAAUAAUGUUCAACAUGAACAAUGAGCUCCAAGCCAAUAAUUUUGGCAAUCUGGAGCUGAAGGUUGAAGAUCAAAUCGAAGGAGUUCUAAUGCCUCUCAAGUUCCUAUUGAGAAAAUAUAUAGAAUCACCUGGCUUAUUUGACUGCAUAGUAGAGAAUUUGAAUCCAUCGGAUGACGGCGUAUAUCGAUCAUUGAUAGAUGGCCAAGUUUGGAAAAGAAGAAGACAAUUGUUUAAGGAUAAAUUUGUUAUUCCGCUUAACAUAUACUUUGAUGAUUUUAACACUAGCGAUACAGCAUCAAAUCACGCAGCAGCGACUUCAAUUUGUGGAAUAUAUUUGAAUGUACCAUGUUUGCCCGCAUAUUUGUUGAGUAAACGCAACAACAUUUUAAUUGCUGGGUUCGUGAAAACUAUCGAUAGAAAAUAUAACGACAACGCUAAAUUGUUUUGUAAACUGAUUGAUACAUUGAUUGAAUUAGAAAAAGAAGGAUUGGUUAUUACUUCCAAAAAUGAAAAGAAAAGGAUCUAUUUUGCGUUAGGCUUCGUUCUCGGCGACAAUCUGGGGAUCAAUGGUAUCACAGGCUUCGUCGAGUCAUUCCGAGCAACAUAUUUUUGUCGAGUAUGUAAACGGACACGAGAACAAACAGAAAAUGACUGUGUGGAACAUUUAAACAGCCUUCGAGAAGCUCGCACUUACAAACUUGAUCUUGAUCUUCAAAAUAAAUCUAUCACCGGAUUGAAAGAAGAGUGUAUGUUCCACAGAUUAUCCUACUUUCACGUUUGUGAUAAUUUUGUAUUUGACGCAAUGCAUGAUGUACUAGAAGGCGUGUUGGUAUACAAUCUUCAACAUUGUCUAUAUCAUUUCAUAAUCAAAAAGCAAUAUCUAAGUACAGACGCUCUGAAUCGACAAAAAAAUACAUUUGUUUACGGAGAUUUGAAUUCGAGCAAUAUCCCAAAUGAUUUUGUUGAAAAUAAGAUCAAAAACAAACAAAUCAAAAUGACUGCUAGUGAGAUGAAAACGUUUUGGACGUUCUUACCACUUAUAUUUGGAAUUAUGAUACCUGAAGAAGAUCUGGUAUGGAAUUUUGUUAAAAUAACUCUAAAACUCAUACACAUAAUUUUUUUGGAUGAAAUACCAACCGAAUUAAUCGAAGAGUUAAAAGUACUAGUCAAACAACAUCAUAAUAAGUACAUGUUGUUAUUCGAUGAUUCUCUAAAACCAAAAUUUCAUUUUCUUACACAUUACGCUACAGCAAUACAAAAAUCAGGUUGUAUUCGUCGCAACUGGGCUAUGCGAUUCGAAGCUAAACACCGCGAAUCCAAAAAUUAUUGCAGAGUUAAUAAUAACAAGAAAAAUUUAUGUUAUUCGUUAUCAAUUAAAUCAAGUUACAAAUUUGCAUAUAAUGUUUUGAACAAUGAAUUUUUUAGUGAUCAAUUAAAAAUAAGUCAUGACGUAGUGAUUAAAAAACUUCCGAUGGAAUAUGAUUUUUGUUUGGAACGAAUAAGUUAUAUGAUUGAUCCUACAGAAGUAAUGUUUACAACAAAAAUCAUAAAGAAAGGGGCAGACUAUACAAAAGGUUGUGUCUUUCUUUUACAGAAAAAAAACCUAAUCAAUAUUUACAAAUGUCGAGAUAUAGUCGUAAGUCUUCAAAACAAUAUAAUAAUCUUUGCACAAAAAUAUGAAUCCAUCAAUUUUAAUGAACAUUACCAAUCAUACGAGUUGAAAAUGAGCAGUGAUUUAACUAUUGUCAAUUUUUUGCUGCAGGUUUACAGUAAACCCGUAAAUUUAUAUAACGUUGGUAGUAAAACAUUUCUUAGAACUCCAAACUAUUAUGAUUGCAAUACCGAUAUUGAGAACACAGUUAUUAUGAGAAAUAUUUAGGAAGGCACAGAAAAUAACU